UGAAAGAUGUCAGAAAGUCGCUCAGUGCUGUCUAUUCUUAAAAGAGGCAGGUUGACUUCUCCCAGCAACAAUGUGAAAUACUCCAGCUUUAAAGACUCUUGUUCCACCUCCAUAUUUCAUGAUAGUGGAUUUAAUGUAUCAUUAAAAGACCCUAGCUUUGAUCAUACUGAUGCAGAACAUAAAGAUGAACUGAGCGCGAGACAUCUAUCAUUACUACAUGAGUAUUCUGAACAUUCACACCCUAAUUUAGUAAUUCCAGUGUUGUCUCCCAUCGAAAAUGGAAAGAAUUCUAUCUCCUUAUCUGAAAGAAGAGAGGCAAAUGUUGCUACAGAUUUUUUUGAAACUCCGAAAGUAAGUAAAAAAGACUCAUCACUGCGUAGGAGACUGCUUCUGUCUAAAACUGCUUUGGGAGGCAUUGUAGGAUGCUUUGAAAGACAAGCCAAUUCGUCGGAUUGCAGUAGGAAAAAAACAUCUCAUGUUCUCAGCUUUGACGAAAGACUUUCAAAAAGUUCUUCGUAUUCUCCAAGAGAUAACACUUACAAACCUCUAGCUACUAGCACUUUAAAAACUGAGGAGUGUAGUCCUGCUUGCCAAAAAUUGAGACUUGCCUUUUCACAGCAAAGGACUUCUACAGUAGAUGAUUCCAAAUGUAAAAACAACUUGUUGUCAGAACCUGAAUGUUUAUCUCCAAUUCACCUUAAUACUUCUAAGGACACUAUUAUUGACAAGACUCCUAAUGAGUUCAGUGAUAGUGCCCUUACAAGCAUUAAUGAUGAAAGCACCUACCUGGAAUUGCUUAGAACCCCUACAUGUUGUAUGUUGUCUGAGACGAAUGAGGAUAAAUUUCUGACUCCAGUCAGCAACCUAAUAGCAGAUUUUAACUUUGAUUUACUUGACACAAAUACUCCCCCUACUCAUGUGGUAAGUGACUUGGACUUUUCAGUGCCUGAAGACAGUGGGUUUAAUUCCCUUGGCUUAGAUAAAUCAGAAGAUUCCUCUUCAGAUCAUGAGGGAUCUUUCCAAGAACUCCUUCAAAAACAGAAGGAAGUUUCCAAACUUCUGGAUGCUAAAAGAAAGUUAAGAAAACUAGACCGAGUGAGGAGGUUAUCCACCCUUCGGGAACGGGGUUCACAGUCAGAGACAGAGGAAGACUAUGAUAUUACACUAAUUAAUUCAGAAUAUAAAUUAAAAGUAGCAAGAGACCCUGCCAGUGAAGACAGUGGAUUGGUUUUUAAUGAGGAGAAUAGUGGAGAUUUGAUUCUAAAUCUUGGGGAUUUAUCAAGAACGCCUGCUUUACAAGUAGUCCAUGAAAUCUUCAUGCGAAGCAAAAGAAAAAGACCAGAGCAAAAUGGACUCUUGGAGAACUCUGAAAGAGCUGAAAUGUCUGUAUUAGAAUAUAUUCUUGCUGGACUCAUAGGCAAAAAAAUGGGCCUUGAAAAAUUAGAUAUUUUAACAGAAUUAAAAUACAGAGAUUUAAAGCAUAUUCUUGCUAUAGUUUUAGGUGCUUUGACUGUGGAAAGCCUAUGCAGUAUUUGGAAAGUAAGCAAGAACUGGCGUGAAAUUGUUAUACAAGACAAAAAUGCAUAUCUCAGGAGAAAGCUGUACAUAAAACAGCUGAAGGCGGAAGCUGGGGGAUGUCUCUUGCAUGUUGAAGAUGCCGCCACAAGACUUAAUAUGCUGCGUAGAUCUGCUCUAAGACCUGUUCAAGCUCAAGCUAAAACUGCUGUGUUACAAACACCACCUUCUUGCAAUGAGCUUUUAACACCUACAGGAUGCAGUUCUGUUCCCCAGUCAACUAGUAAACAGGAAGAGUACCUUAAGAUUGCCAAAACCCUUUUUAUUGAUGAAGCUUUAAAACCUUGUCCAAGAUGUCAGUGCCCAGCUAAGUAUCAGCCCUUAAAGAAAAGGGGACUUUGUAGCCGAGAAGCCUGUGCAUUUGACUUUUGUAUUUUGUGUUUGUGCACCUUCCACGGGUCAAAAGAAUGCAGUAGUUCAUCUGCAAAGCGGCGAAAUAAAAAAGAUGCUCUUCCAGGAAGUGCCCAAAGCAAGAGAAAUUUAAAACGACUCUAAAUUUAUAAGGAACAUAGGUUUCCCUACUCUCUCUCAAUUUUUGAUCUUGUCUAUAUUUUUUAUUAAUUAUGCAUAUUUUGAAAGUAAUAUUGUCAUUUUGCCCAAUAAUUAAGCUGAUGAUUUCUCAUGUACAUAUCUUAAAUUAAC